AUGAAUAAUGGAGAGGAAAUGCAGACCAAGGAGCUGGCUGGUGGCGAGACGAAGAAGAAAAAGCGGACAAAGAGAAAUGAAAAUGACAGCGAGGAAGAGCACGAGCGGGCAAAGAAGAAGAAGAAGAAGAAGAAAGCCAAGAAGGACAAGAAGGGGAAGGGAGACAGGAAGCAAGAUGAUGAGCCGGAUUAUGCGGUGCUGUACGAGCAGGAACUUCGGGACUAUCACUCUGAUUCUGGCAAUGAAAUGGAAGAUGAGUAUUACAAGAAGAGAGUUUAUGAGGUAGUGACUGUGACGGGAGAUGUGCGGGGAGCAGGAACCGAUGCUAAUGUCUUUGUUACUCUCUUUGGAGAGUUAGGGAUUACUCCGAAGACCCAUCUCACCAGCAAGAGUAGAAGUGCUUUUGAGAGGACCAAAACAGAUGUGUUCCGAAUAAAAACCUACAAUGUUGGACAAAUAAAGAAAAUAAGAAUUGAGCAUGACAACACCGGAAUGAAUGCAAGCUGGUUCCUUGACCGUGUGAUAGUGACUGACAUGAACAGACCUCACCUCCGGUUUUACUUUCCUUGCAACAACUGGCUGAGCAAGGAUGAGGGAGACAGACAGUUCACCAGAGAUCUGGUCGCCACCCUGAACCCUAUGGACAUGCCCAAAAGUAAGUGUUUCAUGAUAAAAUGGAGCUACCUGGUUCCUAAUCAGUAG